AUGUCGUUUGACAACCGUCCCGAGACCAUCUUUCCGGAUCCGCCACCGCGACCAUUAAACCGCUCAACACCGUUCGACAACCCUCCCGGGGCCACUUUACCAAAUCCACCACCACGGUCAGCAGACUAUUCCGGCAGUAGCGGGUUCAACUGGUUAUCAACCAUGCUACCCAGGAUCGAGAUAACGCUCUUUAACGGAGACCCGCGUCUGUGGCGCUCUUUUUCAAGAUCCUUUAAAGAGCUCGUUCACGAAGUUUUGCCGUCUGACGCCCAGCGAAUCGUAGCGCUAAAAAACAUGUUGACACCAGACGUGCGACAAAGAUUCGAGACUAUGCUGAGAAACCCCAACAGCUACAAAAGAGUCCUUAACGAGCUGCAUAGCCGAUAUGGAGAUCCGUACCUGAUUGAACGGGCCUACCUGCACAGCCUACAACGUAUUAGGAACUGCAGAGACGGCGACGGGCACGCACUGCGCGACUUGGCCGCCCAAAUACACGACGUUACCUCCGGGCUUCAGGACGAGAAUGCGUCCGACAUCUUCUCUGGUCCCGCUCUUGAGUUAUUCACCGACAAGCUACCCAGCGAUCUCAGAAGUUAA